GAUGCAUUUAUCAUUUAAACAGCAUACCUCCAAACAGACCCAAAGCGGCUUUAUUUAGCUUGUCUUUUUGGGCCCAAAAUUUGUUGAGCAACAGGCAUAUUUAUAAUUUUGAGUAUUAGUGCUAUCUCAUUAUUUCUUUUAAUGUCACAAUUGUAUUGAACUGAAAGCACUUAUUCAUGUUCCACAAUUCUAGCUCUUUGGUGCCGCUUGCCAUGGUUCCAGGUCCUGUAGAAUCCUGGGGCUUGCAGUUUGGGGAGGCAUUAAGAGCUUUCGGGGAGAUAAUUCACAAAACUAAACAUCCCAGGAUACCAUAGGGCACGGAGCCAUGGCUGUUAGUGGCAACAAAGCUCUAUAGGUGUGCCAUUUUUAAGCAACUGUACACUUAUUCUUAUUUUGAGACAAAUAAAUAUGGAUUGACAGAGUAGCUGAGCUGCUACAUUCACUCCUCCAUCUUCUUUGUACAAAACUUGGAAGCAUUUUCUAUUGUUCUUUUUUUAAAAAUCAAAAAACUAUCUUCAACCCUCUCCUUUGUUUAAAGAAAUCUGGCCUUCCAGUUACCUCAGGAUUGUGCCCUAAGUUUUCCUUGGUGGGAAGACCAAAAAUUUUGUUGGCUGUUCACCAGUGAAUGACAGGAUAAAUAUUACAGAGUUACAUAUUACGUAUUGUGCCUUCAAGAUUUAUCUGACUUAUGGUGACCCUAAGGCGACGCUGUCAUGGGGUUUACUAGGGCUGAAAGUGUGUGGUUCACCCAAGGUCAGCCAAGAGGUUUCCAUGGCCGAGUAGAGAAUUGAACACUGGUCUCCAGGGCUGUAGAUCAAUAUUCAAAUUGCUACGCCAUACUAAUUGUAUAUAUUAUAUGCCGUAUAAAAUGUAACAUUGAAGGUUAACAAUGGUAAUAGCAUACUGUGCUUUUCACUCUAUUGAUGUUUUCCCCACUAUUGAUACUGGCCCUCCGGUGCAAGAACACAACCUGCCUUUUCACCUGUCAAAUUAUGGUGACCCCAUGAAUUUCACAGGAUUUUAUUAGGCAAGGAAUGCUUUGAGAUGGUUUUGCUAGUUCCUUCGUAUGAAAUAGAGCAUACAGCACCUGAUAUUUGUUGGUGAUCUUCCAUCCAAGUAGUAACCAGAUUAGUACUUAAAAGCUUAGACAGGCUCUAGUACCUCUAGGGUAGGUGUACCAAGAUAAUAAUGUACAUUGAUGGUACUCUGUAAAUGUCUGAUAAUAUCAGUAAUAACAAAAUGUAUUGGUUUUGCAGGCUGUUGCUACAGAGCAUCUUUGGGAGAUCUUUGCCCUCAGACGGAUGAUGAAGGAAUAACUUUGAUCUUUUUUGUGGCUUCAUUUGGUUUAAAAAAACAUAGAUGGAGGAACCAAAAUCAGUUGAUCCUGAAGGAAGAAAAGGCCAUAAUGACCUUAGUGGCCAAAAACCUCUUGUCGGUAAUUGAUUCUGAAUUCCCUGUGGUAGAGAAGGAUCCAUUGAAUCCUAGGCAAACUCCACAAUGGAUGGCAAUGAAGGAGGAGUAUGAUGGAGGGGGGGCUCUGCAAGAGGCUGGAAUGAUCCCAUCAACAAGGACUCAAUCGCCUCUCCCACUUUGUGGUGAACCACAACCAGAUCAGAGCCUGUUGACUUUUGAGGAGGUGGUCGUGUCUUUCUCCCCGGAGGAGUGGGCCCUGCUGGAUCCAGACCAGAGAGCCCUGCACAGGCAGAUCACGGCAGAGAUCUCUGGGAUCAUGGACUCUCUUGCAGAAGACCGGAGGAAAACAUAUGUAUGUGCUAAGUAUGGAAAGUGUUUUAGGCAAAAACUGGAAGUUACUAAGCAAACUCAACCAUCAGAGGAGGAAAGUUAUAUCAGACAGAAGCCCUACAAACACCAAAAUACGGGGCUUCUGCCUUGCAAGAUGCCUCAUCCCCUAAAGAAACACUUCAGGUGUGAAAUUUCAUGUGUGAAAGGUUUAGGUUCUAAAUUGUUCAGUGUAAACUAUGAAGAAGCCCAUACAGUAAGGAAACCACACAAAUGCUGGAGGUGUGGGAAAUGCUUUGCACACAGUUCACUGCUUAUGGCACAUUUGAAAGUGCAUAGGAAUCUUAUAACCCACUGGAUAAACAACACAGGAGAAAAACCCUACAAAUGUCAGGAGUGUGGCAAAUGUUUUGUUCAAAAACCAGGACUUGUGAGGCACCAGAAAGUCCACACAGGAGAAAAACCAUACAAAUGCCAGCAGUGUGGGAAAUGCUUUCCUUAUAAGUCACGUCUUGUGAGCCACCAGAGAGUCCACACAGGAGAGAAACCAUGCACAUGCCAGCAGUGUGGGAAAGGUUUUGUUCAGAAGUCCGACCUUGUGAGGCACCAGAAAAUCCACACAGGAGAGAAACCAUGCACAUGCCAGCAGUGUGGGAAAUGCUUUCCUUAUAAGUCACGUCUUGUGAGCCACCAGAGAGUCCACACAGGAGAAAAACCAUACACAUGCCAGCAGUGUGGGGAAGGUUUUGUUCAGAAGUCAUCCCUUGUGAGGCACCAGAGAUUCCACACAGGAGAGAAACCAUACACAUGCCAGCAGUGUAGGAAAUGCUUUCCUCAUAAGUCACAUCUUGUGAUACACCAGAGGGUCCACGCAGGACAGAAAACAUACACAUGCCAGCAGUGUGGGAAAGGCUUUGCUUACAAGUCAGAUCUUGUGAUGCAUCAGAGAUUCCACACAGGAGAGAAACCAUACACAUGCCAGGAGUGUGGGAAAGGUUUUGUUCAGAAAUCAGCCCUUGUGAGGCACCAGAGAAUCCACACAGGAGAGAAACCAUACACAUGCCAGCAGUGUGAGAAAGGCUUUGCUUACAAGUCAGCUCUUGUGGUCCAUCAGAGAUUGCACACAGGAGAGAAACCAUACACAUGCCAGGAGUGUGGGAAAGGUUUUGCUGAGAAGACAGCCCUUGUGAAGCAUCAGAGAGUGCACACAGGAGAGAAACCAUACACAUGCCAGCAGUGUGGGAAAGGCUUUGCUUACAAGUCAGAUCUUGUGAAGCAUCAGAGAGUGUACACAGGAGAGAAACCAUACACAUGCCAGCAGUGUGGGAAAGGCUUUGCUUACAAGUCAGAUCUUGUGAAGCAUCAGAGAGUGCACACAGGAGAGAAACCAUACACAUGCCAGCAGUGUGGGAAAGGUUUUGUUCAGAAGUCCGCCCUUGUGAGGCACCAGAAAAUCCACACAGGAGAGAAACCAUACACAUGCCAGCAGUGUGGGAAAUGCUUUCCUUAUAAGUCAUGUCUUGUGAGCCACCAGAGAGUCCACACAGGAGAGAAACUAUACACAUUCCAGCAGUGUGGGAAAGGUUUUGCUGACAAGUCCGUUCUCGUGAGGCACCACAGAGUCCACAGAGGAGAGAAACCAUAAAAAUCCGAGGAGAGUGGGAAAUGCUUUGCUCAAACCUGGCAUCUUUUGAAACAGCAGAGAAUCCACAGAGGAGCAAAAUCAUUCAAUUGUUAUAUGUGAAAUAUUUUCCUCAAAAUCCACACCUUUUGAAUAUGAGGGAGUCCAUACAGGAUGCUACAGACUAUGGAAUUUUUUGUUGUUGUUCAUAAAUUUUAUUAAAUAAAAUCCAUUAUUCAAAAACAAAAAUGUUCCAAACACUGAAUGCUUAAAUUUCAAUUGGAUCAAACAUAAAGAGUUAUCUAUAUUUGGCGGGAUACAGACCGCCCCUUUUCCCGACAGAUUGGGGUCUGAGUUGCCACAGCAGCAGCCCCGGAAGCCCCGAUCUGCCGCUUUUUCAGUCCUCGGGGAAGCGGCAAAAUGCCACUUCCACGUGGUCCGGAAAGGGGUGUCCUUGGGGCUUCAUGACACCCCAACAGUGGCAUGGAGAGAGAGAGAAAGGGGCCGCUUGGCCCCUUUCUCUUCAGUAUCACUGGUGUGGCCAUGUAAAAUGCAGUGAUACGCAGUGCAAAAGGAGCUCCGUUUUAGAGCUCCUUUUGGCACCGCUGAAAGGGCACCAGUACAUAACGGACGCGCUGUUUGGACGCGAUGUGGCUGUUAUGUUAAAAUGGUGGUGUCCAUGUAGACAGGGCGCCGCCAUUUUGACGUACUCAGUAUGUACUGGGUUAGGGAGCAUCUGUAAAGGAGUAUGUGCUAUAGGCCCAUCUGUACAGGGCCUUAGCUAUAUAUCUGCAGUGUAUUACAACUCCACUUUCAAUAUUGAUUUUUCCUUAUUAUUCAUUUCAUUCAUCUUAAUAACAUUUUUCUCUUUUGCUAUCCAUUUUUAUGCAUAGUGCUGAUUUUAAUAGAAAUAUACAAACAUACUUUUUUAUGUCAUUCAAUCUUAGUUAUACUUCCUAACAAACUACUAUUAUAACUUAGUAAAUGUAAUGUUAUUUUGUAAUGUCUUGCUAAAUUAUCGAUGUUCUAUAAGAAAGUUUGCUAGAAAUUUCAUUUAAUCUCUUAUAAAGAAAAAGAGUUUAAUCAAAGUUAGUCGAUACCCGUCUUUCAUUUAACUAACAAGAUACCCCAGUAAAUUAUACUUUUCCUUGAUUCAUGUAGUUUAACAAUGCUUCGAAUAUUUUUUCCCCUUUUUAGUCAAAACGUAUCCUGUUUAGACUCAUUUCCCACAAUUUACCAAUUUCACACAUUUUGACUAUACAGGAGAGAAACUAGUUUUGUUGAUGGUGAUUGCAAACACCAGGUGAAUUGGGAAUUGCAAUCUUGAAUUAAUGAGGCGCGUCCCACGUGCACAAGCCCCAUUCAAGUGAAUGGGGCUUGAGCAUGCAU